AGCGGCGUGCCCUGUGUAAUCGCUUAGCGAUAAACCAUAUUUUCGAGAGCUUCAACUGUUUGAUACGUUCACUGUUAUCCUUACCACUGAAAGCGCAUGCGCCGUGAAUCCACGUCGCACCACUCUGAAUGGGCGUUACAGCACUUCAGGCACCCAUGAGACAUGGCCGACGAAAAAAACUAUGAAUACCGGCUUCCCAAGUUUUCCGGAUGCACUGCCCCGAGUACAAGCCGGGCAGUCUCCGAGGGUGCUUCGUCCACUGCAACCGAUUACGCUUGGCUUCCUGACGGCCCCUCGAAUAUGCCCUUGAACGUGCUUUGCAACCAGGCUGACGACACACCUGCGUUCUACUACGUGAACCAUGCUGCAAACAGCUUCCAGCAACCCGCUUCAACUACUAGCGGCGGCUACGUCACCCUUCCUAGCACGAGCGGCACAGGGAAAGAAGGAGAAGCAGGCAUUGCGGAAGACUACGCCAGGUGA